UAGUUUUGGCUUGGAAAAAAAUUAAGUACGCUAGUGUUGUAUAAACAAAUCAACUUUUUUUAACUUAAUAAAAAGUUGACAAAACGUGUGUAUUAACUUUUAACUUAUAACUGAUUUAAAGAAAUUUAACAAGUUAACAAGUUUUGUUAUUGGUGCAUAUUAAAAAAAUCAUUAACAUCCCCGGCCUUGAUAUCAAUGACGUAAUAUUAUAAUAGAAUAGACCAGGAAUGACACAAAAUAUGUGAAAUUUACGUGACCACAUAGAUCCAUAGUAUAAACCUGCAGCGGAUUUAUCAAAGAGAUGAUAAUAACUUAGUGUAAGCACAUAAUAGCCUCACAUUGUCUAUCUCUCUCACUCACGUGUUUGCAUCGAUGUAUAGCUAUCGUUCCUUGUCUAUUCUAUAAUUAUAUGUUUUUGAUAUUCCACAAAUAAUUUAUGAUAAGACCACUCGUUUCAUGACCGUCUCGGAUCGCCACCACUUAUUUUAUCCGCUAAUUUAGGCCAUUCGUUGGUUGUGAGCAAAAUACUCUAUUUCGAUAAAAAAAAAAAAACGUGGACAACAAUAGUGUUGACCUAACCUAAGAAAUAGUCUCUCGUUCGUUUUGACUCUCUGAUUUUAAUUAUUAAACGUACGUCUACCAUUUGAUACUAUGUGUAAUAUGUAUAGGUGGAUAAUGUUCACGAAUGUUCAUAAUCGAUUAUUUUUGCGAAUAAUAAAAUAUUAUAUUGUAUACACAAAGAAAAUUAGCUACAACAAAUAACAUAAUUAUAGUUAAGUCUAGGUAAAUCACUUUUGAAAAUUUCUAAUAUCACGUCACUCGUUACAUUAGGUACUUUUAUUAAUUUUUUUUUUUUUUUAACGUUUAUUUAAAUAUACACAAUCUGUAAAUGUUGUUUUACAAUAAGUGCAUGUGAUGGAGGUGUCGUGGCUUGAGUGGCUGGAGAUAAGAAGCCGCCCAUUGGAGGCACUUAAGGUUGGGAUUUUAGGCUAGGAUUUUAACUUGCUAGUAAGAGAGGGUGGGAUUACAAAUUGAGGGAGGUGGAGGUAUAAACAAUUUUAGAUUAGUAGGUCACGACACCAGGUACGUUUUAGACGCCUUCUGGGGUCACCAGGAAUAGCGUUGGUAGAUAGCUCUGAAAUCAAGGGAUUACGAUGGCUGUGGAACUUUUAUUAAUUUGAUUACAUUCCGUCAUUAUUUUUAUUUCGUGACGUAAUUUUUUCGUUAAAAAAUUAUGUAGUUUCAAUCGUAAAUAAAUUUAAUUGAUUAUUAAUUUUUCUCGAAUAUCCCCUAGACCCCCAGGUUUUGUCAUACAUUCCACAUUCAAAACUUAUUUUAAUACCGUGGAAAAUAACACGCAACUCUAUUGUUGAUAUACAUUUCGUUAAUCUAAAUAAAAUAUACCGAACUUAUAAUUACUGCAGCGUUACGUAAUUUCGUUACAGUAAUUCGUAGUUUUCGUUACACAUUACUACCCCGACACUGCAGUAGCUGACUCACUAUUGGAUAGGUACCAACUAUAGUGCCACCCUAUACACAUUCGUAUUAUAGGUCAACAGCUGAUAUUAUGACGUAUUGAGCUUUUGGAAAUAAAAUAAUUAUUUACCGUUCAAUAAUGAAUAGUCCAGUGUGUUUGGUUAUCGCACUUUGUAAUAGAUAGGUGCUCUAUGAACAAAAAAAUCGAACAUUUUUGAUAAAUUAAGUGAUAAAGAACUUUCGAUGAAAAAAAAAUCUCAUCGUAAUAGCUAAAUGUUGUAUAAAUCCAUAGUAUUAUUGUGUUAGGUAUAAUUAUAAUCAUAGAUAACAUAGGUACGAUCUAUUUACUUUUCAGUUGAAAUAAUUGAUAUUAAUAAUAACCAUUGAUAUAAUGUACAAACUGUUAACAAUAAAUUGUUGUUACCUUACAGCGAUAUACCUAAUAUUAAAUUAAGUACUUAACCAGUUUAUUUAUCACUUACUCAUCGAUAGCACCUAGGUAUUAUGAAAUAAUAAUAUAUUCGCAUAAUCGCAUCGUUUAUGCCUUAUGGUUAUCUGAACAAAUUCACUCAAAAAUGAUAAUCACAACUAUUCGCGGACGAAUUGAUUGUUCAAACCUAAUUAUUUAUAACGUAUAAUAAUUGUCAUGCUAUACAUCUGACCAACGCAGAACGCACCUGUUUCUUACUAUCCCGACGGCACACCUAUCAUAAUAUUAUUAUAAAAUAUAUUACACUAUAUUUAUAAAGAACACUCACGCUCAUAUUUAAACGUACACUAAUGAGUUAUUAUUUCUUGUUGAUUUACGGCGUUAUCAGAAUGACUUCACACCAACUAUAUAUUUUAUGACCGUCUGGCGUCUGGGGUCUAUUCUCAAAGGUAUCGAAAACCACUUUCGAUCAAAAAUCGAUCGUAAAUAUCGUCGUUUACGAUUUCCGCAAAAAUUACUAUUCUCAAACGUUUUCGACAGCUAGUUCGAUAGUAAUAUUCGACAAUUCACAACGACAGUGAAUUACGUGUCGAAAACACUUUACGACAAUCGUCACUCAUCAUUAUUUGUUAUUUAUACUGAAAUUUAUAAUUUACACCAUGGCGUUUGACCAUGACUUGGAAGAUUAUAUGCUUAAUAAUAUCGCAAAUAUGGACAUAUUUAAUAUUAAUAUAGAAAAUAUACCAAGGCGCAUUUUGCUAGAAGAAGAUCCAUUUGUUGGUAAUAACUAAUAAUCAUGUUUUUUAACACAGAUAUAUGAAUAUUAAUAUUAUUGCACCGCUUAUAAACAUUAACUACUAUUGACUAUUGUACCUACUAAUUUCAAGAUAUAUGAACAUAAGUACUUAUGUAAUUUGUGAUUUUCAUAAAAAGAUAUAUGGUUUUAAUUUUUAAUUGUUCAGUUUCUUGCUAAUUUUGAUGUAAAUAGAUAGUUAUGCUUGUUUUAACUAUUGGAAAAUUAAUUUCAAUGCCUAAGUAUUUGAAACAGAAAACUUUUCUAUACAAUCAUGUACAUUUUCAAUUUUUAGACCUUAGUGAUAGACAAUUUAUUGGAACUUAUCGGUUGAAUAAGAUACUAGUUCGAGAAUUAUUAGACAUUCUGACUCCAUUUAUGGUUAGUUCUGUGACAAAUGCUGGAUUAAGUAUACAAAGAAAGUUGUUAACUGCUCUAAGAUUUUUUGCCAGUGGGAGCUAUCAACAAGAUAUAGGGGAAAAUAGAGGUUCUGCUGUAAGUCAACCUUCUGUUAGCAGAUGCAUUACUGAGGUAGUAAAUGCUUUUAAUCGUCCAGAAAUAUUAAAUAAAUAUAUUCAUUUUCCAAGUUCCCUUGGAGAACUCAAUGACGUCCGUUUAGGAUUUUAUGAAAAAUUUGGUAUACCUGGUGUGAUAGGAGUUAUUGAUGGGACUCACAUAGCCAUAGUACCUCCAAAGUCGGAGGACAUUAUUUAUCCCGAACAUGUAUAUAUUAACCGUAAAGGGUAUCAUAGCAUUAACACACAAUUGAUUUGUGACUCUAAUAUGAAAAUUUUGAAUGUAUGCGCAAAGUUCCCUGGAAGCACACAUGACAGUCAUAUUUGGCGUGUUAGUCCUGUAUUAGGACUAUUAAAACAUUUACACUCAAUUGGACAUUCAUCUUAUUUUUUACUAGGUGACUCUGGGUAUGGUUUAAGACCGUGGCUAUUGACCCCACUUACCGAAUAUCAACCAAACACCCCAGAGGCUAGGUACAACACUUGGUUGUGUAGAGCAAGAUCACUGAUAGAGCGGUGUAAUGGUGUUCUUAAAAUGCGUUUUAGAUGUUUACUUAAGCAUAGAGUGUUACAUUAUGCACCAGAAAAAGCAUCAAGCAUAAUAAAUGCUUGUACUGUGCUUCAUAAUAUUUGUAUAGGCAACAAUUUACCUAUUAUAGACAAUGAUGGCGAAUUUGAAGAAAAUGACUAUGGCAUUUUAAAUAAUACAGCUAUUAAUGAGCCAAAUGCAACCCGUGCAAAUACAGAGCUAAUAGCAGGAAAACGAAUGCAACAACAAAUAAUUAAUUCAUAUUUUAAAUAAAUUCAGAAAACUGACAAAUAGUUAAAACAUUAAUAGUUU